UGUUUUUUUUUUGUUCAUCAGCAGCAUCCUCAUCUACCGAGUAAUUUUCUUUUUUCGCGAAAUCCUUCCACCAGUUCCUACUCCGUGUACCGAGUGAUUCCCACAUUCACCGUUUCCACUGGAUACGAUGCUUGUGCUACGUUGCGUGGGCGAUUUAUUUAGCUGUUCCCAUCUCAAUAGUACUUUCCGAUUGCAAACAGUUGGAUGUUCAGCGGUGAAACUGAUUCAGAAAGUUCACAACCAGCAGUAAAAGCGAACGUAGAAUUUUCGCAUCGUUGUGUGGAGUGAGAAAAAGCAGCGAAAAGUCGUAGUUUAGCUCACGUCGUGUGGUCGGAAAAUUCCUCGCACACGCUUGCAAAGCUGGGUUCGUGAUGAAAAAAGACAUUAUUUCAUAACAUUAGCAGCGAAAAAAACAGUAAUUGAGUGCUUGGGUACUGAAUUUGAAUUCAUUCGGGAGAGCUAGUAAUUCCAUUGCGGUUGUACAAUGGAAACAAUGACGGAAUUUUCACCUGUUCAGCAGGAUUUGGAUCGAGGGUUUAGCAGAGGAUCUUUGGUGCAUCGAGUUUAUUUUGCUUGCAAGGAUGGAUUCGCUAGGCUAGUCCUAGCCACUCUAAUGCGUAUCAAAUGCGAAAACGAUCGGAAAGCCAUUGUGGAGCAGGAAAUCCAAGAAGAUGACGGACAGAUCUUUACCCCCCUGAUCGUUGCCGCCAUGAAUGGUCACUACGAUGUGGUUCACGUUCUCCUUACACAGCUACAGCCCGAUUUGGAGAGGGAAGGUUGCGUUAAAUUCGAUGGGCACCUGAUUGAGGGUGCCACGCCACUGUGGGUAGCAGCCGGUUCCGGUCACAUGAACAUCGUCAAACUGCUGGUGGAACACGGAGCGGACGUUAAUCAUCACACCAGUAAACUAUCCACUCCGGUUCGGGCAGCCUGCUUCGAUGGGCGUUUGGAUAUUAUCCGCUAUCUGGUGGAUCACAAUGCCAAUAUUAACUUUGCCAAUGCUUACAACAAUACCUGCCUGAUGAUCGCUUCCUACAAAGGACAUGCGGUGGUGGUAGAAUAUCUUCUCGAAAAUGGUGCCCUAACGAAUGAACAGGCGAACUGUGGAGCGACGGCAUUGCACUAUGCAGCCGAGUGUGGCCACGUUGAUGUUUGCGACAUUCUGCUAGACUGGGAUGCUGUGUUGAAACGGAACGAGUACGGUAUGACGCCUGUGAUAUGUGCUGCAGAGAGAGCCAGAGAACCCGUAGUGGAAUUGUUCGUGAACAAACCGAAUCUUUUAUCGCGGGCUGAAAAGGUUGAGGCCUUAGAAUUGAUUGGUGCUUCUUUUGCUAAUGACAAAGACAAUUACAGUUUGGUUAAGGCUUUCCACUACCUCACUGUGGCAAUGGAAAUGAGAUUUGAAGAACGCGACGAUAUCCUUCGUAAACCCACUCAGCAACCCGUCCCAGCUUAUGAGCACUGGAUUGAAUGCCAAACGAUGCAAGAUCUGCGGGCAAUCCGAUACAAUCACAACUCAUUGCACAUGGAAUCUCUUGCCAUUCGGGAGCGCAUUCUUGGCCGCCACUGCCCGGAAGUAGCUCACUCGAUAGUGUUUCGUGGUGCGGUUUGUGCGGACGAUGGCCGAUUCGAUAGAUGUGAAAGCCUUUGGUUGCAUGCUAUGCAUCUAAGGCAGCACAAUGCUUUCUCCAUUCAGCGCGAUUUGCUCCGGUUUGCUCAACUUUUCUCGCAGAUGCUCUCUAUCAAUGUUGACUUAAGGUUUCCCAACGUGGUUGACGUACUGGCGGCUUGCGUUGAGGAACUCGCCACGAACCAGUUGAAACUAGCCAAUCCCGGCCCGAAAGAUGUGGUUGAGGUUAUCUCGGAGGAGUACGAGCUAAAUAUCGUGACGGUGUUAUAUUUGAUCACUAUCAUUACCAAAUUAAUGAAAAUGAAAAACAUUGAAAUUAUGGAGGACAACAUAAAGGACGUAUAUCGGUUGGUUUAUAAACUUAACCGGAUGUCGGUGCGACUGAGAGACGAUCAAACGUUGCUGCACCUAUCAGUGAAUGGAGUCACGCCGGUCGAUGAUUUCCACACGGAUGAUAUUUGCCGAUUUCCGUGUGUAGACACCGCCAGGUUGCUGUUGCGUUGCGGUGCCCCUGUGACUGAUGUUGAUGUCGAUCAAAAUACCCCACUGCACACACUGUGUUCAACGCUUCAAACUGCUAUCAAUCGGAUGAACGAUAGUGAUGUACUAAAAAUAGUUAAGGAAUUAACCGAACUCUUCAUAGAAGCCGGCAUACACAUGGAUGCGGUUAACAACGAUGGUCUUAAAGCAUCGCAAGUUUCUACUUUAAAACCUGUGAGGACGCUCAUCGAGGGCUACGAAGCACGUUUACUCAACCUACGGUGUCUAGCUGCACGCUGUUUAGCACUGCACCGGGUGCCCUACAAGAAUGUUCUUCCUCAAACGCUGGAAAAAUUUAUGCAGCUGCACUGCUCGAAAAAAUUAUAACGGUGCUGACUAUAUACUCAACCAUCCUUAUAGCAAAUGAAGGAUUUAUGGUACAUCUGUGACGUGUAUUUUAAUUAAAGACUCUUGAUCUGUAUCUUGAAACCUGCCUUGGUAAAUGGGUCCGGCAGUUGCUGUAAAAGUCUUCCAACGUAAGCAAUCAUUGUGUUAGCAGUAAAGCCGAAGGGAUGACAGUGAUAUUAUUUUUGCUUAAAAAUUGUGCUGGCGUGGAAUAUUUUCUGAGCUAAAACAGUAAAACUGGAUACAACAGUGAUAAAAUGUUUUUUGUAAAUUUUGCUGACUGUUCAAUUCUUGUACUAAAACAGUGGCAGGCAUGUUUUUUUUUGCAAAUUUUGCUGGCGUUAAACAUUUAUAGAACCUUAGAAAAUAUAUCAAUUGAUCUGUC